AUGGGCAGUUUCACCUACCGUGACGGCAUCGCCGUUUUCCAGCUCAUUGUCUUUCCAAUUAUCCUCGUCGCUGCAGUUAUGAUUUGGCACCAGACAGGCUGGAGGGUUGGAAGCAAGAUCUGGCGUUUCCCCGUUACACUCUCUCUGCUGCGGAUCGCAGGCGGGAUCUGCUCAAUGUUGGCGCUCAAAUGGCAAACAUACAAUAUUGAGGUCGCCAUAGUGGUGUGUGAGCUGAUUGGCCUCACGCCUCUACUCUUAACAUACGUUGGACUGCUGAGACAAAUUGAUACGAUGCAAAGAAUCCAACCUAGAUACCACAAGCUCUUGACCAUCAUCUGCUUUAUUGGUCUCAUUCUCGGCAUCUCAGGUAUUAGCAGCGCCAACAGCGGAGACUAUACGCCUGACGCCAUGGUCAAGGGUGCCAUGGGGAUUUAUAUUGCCGUUUUCGUCAUCCUCCUGCUCACCACUGUCUGGCUGUGGACCCUGCACAGCUCCUCCUUCACCAUGAAGAAGUUCCAGAAGAAGCUCUUCCUUGCCAUCGCUCUUUCGACCCCCUUCCUGGCGGUCCGACUGGCCUAUUCGGCGCUGGGCGACUACACUACCAUCGGUACCUUCUCUGUGAUCAGCGGCAACACCACUGUCUACCUGGUUAUGGAUGUGCUGGAGGAAAUGGCUGCUAUGGGCAUCACUAUGAUCCUCGGCCUGCAGGCUGUGCAUGAGACAGACUACAUCAAGGUCAGCCUUGACGACCCGAAUGCCGACCCCAAGAUCGAGGGCGUAUAG